GUGUCAGUGCGUCUCGCGGCACCGUUCGACUCACCACCACUUGAACGCUGCAAAACACAGAGCAGGCCGCGAUACUGAUUGUCUCGGUGGGAGGAAGAGGAACAUCUUCAAGAUGUCGGACAUGGAGGAUGAUUUUAUGUGCGAUGACGAGGAGGAUUACGACCUGGAAUACUCCGAAGACAGUAAUUCUGAGCCAAAUGUGGACCUGGAAAACCAGUACUACAACUCCAAAGCCUUGAAGGAGGACGAUCCCAAAGCAGCGCUCAGCAGCUUCCAGAAGGUGCUGGAACUUGAAGGAGAGAAGGGAGAAUGGGGAUUCAAAGCACUUAAACAGAUGAUUAAAAUCAACUUUAAACUGACUAACUUUCCAGAGAUGAUGAACAGAUAUAAGCAGCUCCUUACAUACAUAAGAAGUGCUGUCACCAGAAACUACUCUGAGAAAUCUAUCAACUCCAUCCUGGAUUAUAUAUCUACUUCCAAACAGAUGGACUUACUACAAGAGUUUUAUGAAACCACUCUGGAGGCUUUGAAAGAUGCAAAAAAUGACAGAUUGUGGUUUAAAACUAACACAAAGUUGGGGAAGCUGUACUUGGAGAGGGAAGAGUAUGGAAAGCUCCAGAAGAUCCUAAGGCAACUUCACCAGUCAUGUCAGACAGAUGAUGGAGAGGAUGACCUUAAGAAAGGCACGCAGUUGUUGGAGAUUUACGCCUUGGAAAUCCAAAUGUAUACCGCCCAGAAAAACAACAAGAAGCUGAAGGCCCUGUAUGAGCAGUCUCUUCAUAUUAAGUCCGCCAUUCCUCACCCACUCAUAAUGGGGGUCAUAAGAGAGUGUGGGGGGAAGAUGCACUUGAGAGAAGGCGAGUUUGAGAAAGCUCACACAGAUUUCUUUGAGGCCUUCAAAAACUACGAUGAGUCCGGGAGCCCCAGAAGGACCACUUGCCUCAAGUACCUAGUGUUAGCAAACAUGCUAAUGAAGUCAGGAAUAAACCCUUUUGACUCUCAAGAGGCCAAACCGUACAAAAACGAUCCUGAAAUUCUUGCGAUGACCAACUUGGUUAGCGCCUACCAGAACAAUGACAUCACGGAAUUUGAGAAAAUCUUAAAAACAAAUCACAGCAACAUAAUGGACGACCCCUUCAUUAGAGAGCACAUAGAGGAGCUGCUGCGUAACAUUAGAACUCAAGUACUUAUCAAGCUCAUCAAACCGUACACCAGAAUACAUAUUCCUUUUAUUUCUAAGGAGCUAAACAUUGAUGUGUGUGACGUGGAAAGUUUGCUGGUGCAGUGCAUCUUAGAUAACACAAUCCAUGGCCGAAUCGACCAGGUUAACCAGCUACUAGAACUGGACUACCAGAAAAGAGGCGGAGCUCGCUACACAGCAUUAGAUAAAUGGACAAAUCAGCUGAACUCCUUGAACCAAGCCAUUGUUAGCAAGCUCACAUGAUGGCAUAUAAAAUAAAGAGACUAGGAAAAUUGCAUGUUCCAGUACAUCCAUCAAGUAUGCUACUUUGCUAACUCGAGAACAUCUGCUCAGGCAACACAGAUUUUAAGAAAGCAUCCUUUUCAAGAAGACUUCCAAGAAAAUGCUUUUUUUUGGUUUAUUGAUUAGGGCAAAUCAAUUACACCUCCCCCGUUUUUGGUCUUUUUUUCAUAUUGAGCUAUUUUUUUUCACGUGCUGCAAAUAAAUGCUUCAUUGGGGAAUAAAAAGUUUCAAAUAUGUAUGAAGUUGUGUACACAGUAUUUUAAUGUUAACUGUUUCUUGAUGAUAAUAAAAUGAUUUCUCUCAA